GGCAGCAGCCUGGGUUCAUCAUCCUGACAGGAUCACAGGACCAACAUCAUCAUCCUCCAUCCACCCUGACAAGGACGAGCCUUCCCAGAAAACACACAGAGACAGUGCAAUCAUUUUAUUCAAACAAAGAAGAGGAAAUCGCAUCGAAAGCGGCAAGAUGCUGGCCUGUACGGAGAUGAUCACCAUGUGUCUACAGUCUGCAAAGCACGAACACUUGAGGAAACAGCAGGAGCUUGGCCACAACCAAAAUCAAGCCAUCUCUCUUUUCCACGACAUUUUCCGCCGGGCAGACAAAAAUGACGACGGCAAGCUGUCCUUGGAGGAGUUCCAGUCGUACUUCACUGAUGGUAUCCUCACUGACGACCAGAUGCAGGAGCUGUAUUGCUCCAUCGACAGGCAGCAGACAGACAACCUGGACAUAGACAAACUCUCAGAGUACUUCACUCCACAUCUGGGGGAAUACGUCAACGUCCUGUCUGCUCUGGAAAAGCUGAAUGUGGCCAUUUUGAAGGCCAUGGAUAAAACUAAAGAGGACUAUCAGGGUUCAUCAGUGCUGGGUCAGUUUGUGACACGCUUCCUGCUCAGGGAGACCUCCAGCCAGCUGCAGUCCCUCCAGUCAUCACUGGACUGCGCUAUGGAGGCGGUUCACGACCAGGGCUGUCCAGGGCGGAGGAUAGUAAAGAAGCCCGAGGACCUGCCUAUCCAGAGGGUGGCCAAACGCCCCGGCCGACGCAUCCAGAAGAACAUGUGUCUCUCCCCUACUGACCCCUACUCUGGCAUGCUCACCACAGGGGUCAGUGUGGAGCCAGACAACCACUGGGGCUCCCAGAUCAACCAACUGGAGCAGCUCAUAGACAAACUGGAGUGCGAGAGUCCACAUCUUGAACCUCUCAAAGAGGACACAUUGGCAGGGACGUAUAAAUCGAACAUACUCCUGGUCCAAAGACAAAUGUCUGUGAAGGAAAAGGAUGUGGAGCAGUUUCAGCAAGCUCUUAAAAUCUACACAGAUACCACCAGCAGCCAGCUAAACAACCUGCACGUCUCAGUCCAGAACUUGCCAGACAGAUCAUGCUUCAUCAUGUACGAAUUUUGGCAGGACCGUCUCUCCUGGAUGAGCUACCUGCAGUCGUCCAUCAGUAAGACCUUCCAGCGCUGCAUUAUUGACUCACUGGAAGAGCCUGAGAUGGUCUCCACCAUGCUCCUCCCAGCCUCUUGGUGGAUUAUGAACAACAACUGACAGAGCAAGGCUGCUGCUAUUCAACACAAUAAAAGCAGGAGGAAGAGCUAAUUGCGUAAUCGUUUUAUCUUUUUUUUUUUGUUCUUUGAUAUCAACUUCCUCCUUAUGGCAUGACCAGGAUCGUUUUUUGCAAAGCUAUGCUCUGAGGCCAUUAAAAAAGAAGACCGCUCAGAAAAACCAUUCAAGAGUGAAACAAAUUUAAACCUCGGAAAGAGAGAAUUACGGUAAUGCAGUAUUUUACUGUGUGAUCAGGAUUUGUGCCAAUGUUAAUUUAACAGGCACAUUUCUGAUUUUAAUAGAAACAAAAGAAAUGACAAAAAAAAAGAUUUGCAUGAUUUCUUAUUUCUCAGUGCUAGUUUAUUUCUAUCAAAAACUACUUCCUAGAAUAGAUAUGUCGCUGAUGCCACAAAAAUAGAAACACAUGAAUAACAACUGAUCUGUCUAUCCAUCGUUAUCCCUCACUCAUUUUUCCGUAUGGACAAAAACAGAAAUAGUGUUAGGGUUAACCUGCAUUUCCCCGUGUUCUCUCUGUGGUUUUGUGCUUUGUUGUCUCCUUCAAAGCUUUGCUACCAAGCGUCUUUUUGCUGAUGGGUUAGACAGCCAAUAGUUAAUGAACGAUUAUGGUCCGCAUCUAAACUUUUAUCAUCUGUGUGUCACUUCUGCACUUUAGAAAAAUAUGAAACAUGGACCUAAUUGUAAAGAAUGGAUAUUUAUUGUAAAUUGUCUAUUGAAAAUGUAAUAUUAAUCAAGACCUGCACUGAAGUGUAGUGAGACAUUAGCAGACAAUAAAAACUAAUAAGUCUGCAGUUUGCCUGUACUGUUACUCUAGAAAUAAAACACAAAAGCCAUUGUUUUGCAUUUGCAGUGUGUAAUCAGAAGAGUUAAAUACACACAAAUAGAAGUUUAUAUUUUGAGUACAGAAAUUACGCAGAUCUGUUCGAUGUAAUGACGUCAGAAAGUAUAAGAUUGUGUAUAGUAGUUAAUGACAGAUAUAAGUCAUAGCUGUAGAACAUUGGUAAAUGUACAGUAUGAUAGUAUAUUGAGCUGUGGUUGCUCUGACAACGUGAGGAAUGAAUGUGUUCACUCCUUUUUUA